GGUUAGGACACAGUCAUCUCGUCGUCAACACGUUUUGCUCCGAAUCUUCCGAUCUUCGCGAUACGCGCCGUUUUACAUCGGGGUUUUUUUGUGCUUCCAUCAGCCGACAGUGAAGUGCGUUUCAGUUUCAACCAAGCAGCCUAAUUACUGUCAGCCACCAGUGUGCAUGUGUGUGCCCCUUGAGUGAUAAGCGUGAAAAGCUGGAACCACAAUUGCAUAGGUGCGGUGGCAACGAAACGUUACAUUUAAAAGAAUCAGUGCAUCACGGAGUCACACCUACCGCCGGGCGCCACCGGGUACUGUGCUGUCAUUGUGCCUACGAGGCCAAACCCUCUAGAGGUGUGUUCUAAGCGUUUUUGAGGGCGAACAAGGCGGAAGUUUGAUCGUUGGAGCGUUACCGAAACGACCAAACCCCCCCGUUUUCCCCUUCCUCUCGUAAACGUUAACGCAACGUGUGCGCCAUAGCAAACGGGUGAAGCAGACGUGCGGCAGAAGCAUAAAUAUAAAGGUUCGUCGCUCGAUUGUGCCGCGCAACGGUCACUAUGUGUGGAUGUGUGUUCGCGUGUGUACAGUGAGGCAUUCUCGUGUGGCCAUCGUUUGUUCUGGAUGUAAAGCAGCAGCAGCAGCAGCAGCAACAAAAAAAACCAUAACCCACCCAACAACCUACCAACCCUCGAAGCCAGGCUGUGGAUCAUCGUCGUUACUUCCUGCCACCACCGUUGUCGUGCCGUUGCUGGGGUGCGUUACCCGUUUCGUGGAGCAACCGUGGCGAGGCUGAAUGUGUGUUUGAAAUAUUUUCCGGCAAAACUACUCGCUCGUUCUCUGGCCGCUUCGCGCUGAAGAAAACUUCUUGGCCGGCCGUUUUGUUUUCCGGCACGCGCUGUUCAAGCAGAUAAGUGAAAGAAAUGUGGUCGACGAGAGGUGGCCAGAUGUGGUGGUGAAAUAGUAAUUACCCCUUCGCCGGAGCCUGCGGUUGUUGUUGUUUUUGUUGUUUUGAGGAAAGUUUUAUCUUACGUUCCGGUAGGCCCCGCCUAUGCCCGGGUGGCGCAAAAAGCCAGAAAAGUCACCUGUCCCGGCGACGGCAGGACGGAAGACGCGCUACAACGUGGUGCAGCACGUGGCCAGUUUGUAAAUUACAUGGUGCAGACCUGGCGGUGUCUGCCUGGCCCGGUGAAGCCAUUGUGCAAAUUACAUGGUGAGCCUGGCAGCUAGUGAGUGUUCCUCGAUUAAAGCCAGCAAAUCGACGAAAUCGCACACACGCGCGGUCUCGAUCAACCGCGGUGCUAGUGGCGUGUCGCUGGCUCGAUGAAGUGUGUCCGAUUGGUUUGUUUGGUUCGUGUAAGUGCGCUAUUGUUUCCAUGACUACCGUCCGGGCGGCCAAACAACACAGGUGGAUCGAUUUUUGUAGUUAGCCGUAGACGACCGCGACAACUGGCCGCAGCUCGCCAUUGAUUUGUGCAUCGAGUGAAAGUGUCCGCCGUAGUGAGUGAGCAUUCACCCGCAUUAAGGCAUAAGAAGUCAAAGCACUAGUGGAAAAUUGCUGGUCUGCCUUGCUGACGCCCAGAAGCAGAAGGAACGUCUUGCGCAAAAGUGUUUGCUGGUCGCUGUUUGCCGUUGGCCGUUUUCGCGACUGGCCACAAAGUAGUUCUAUCGAUUUUCCUCCAACUCCAACUGAAAUAGUGACCAACUCGUGCAUUUGUGUGUGUGCCUGUGUGUAUAUGUGUGUGCGCACGUCUUCCAAGGCUAAAACUAUGGCCAACCGCUAACGCGACAAACCGCGACUUUGUUUUGCCUCGGGAGGUCAUAAACUCGGCGGGGUACGUAAUAGGUUUUUGGGGCAGCAGAAGCAGAAAUCACCGAGACCAACCGACGGACGGUCCCCCCCCCCCCUCCCCGGGCCUCCCCCUUUCGGUUCCGCUUGGUGGAGAUUUUCGUCUGGUGCCGUACCGCAAGCAGAACCACUGCUUAGUGCACCAAGCGACGCAGGAGGUGGUCGCAUAACCAUCCGGCAACCAGGCGACUGCCAGCGGAUUCGGCCAGUACUCGGCCUCGACAGGCAACAAACACAAACACACACACACACAUCCAAAAAAAAUACACAAAAUGGCCAGAACAUUAGUGCUUCCGGUGCUGGUGGUGCUAGCCGGGCUCUGCACAUCGGCUGCCAACGGCGCAUCAUCGAUCACGGUCGAAAAGUCCGCGUACAAAAACGUCGUAAUCGAGAUCCGGGACAACAUACCGGUGGAUAACUGCCAAACGAUACUGCAGAACCUGGAGAUUAUGCUAACAUCGGCCUCGCAGUACCUCUUCAAUGCGCUCGAUAGCCGAGUGUACUUCGGCGAAGUGUCCGUCAUACUGCCAAACCACUGGCCGCAAACGUGCAUACCGUACAAUCAAACGCGCACCUCGGCCAGCGGUGAGACGAGUGAUGUAACGAUCCGGCCGCACACCAAGGCGGAACCCUCGAUCUGGACGCAACAGUACGCCGGGUGCGGGGAAC